AAACUAGAAGUAGGCUAGAUAGAUACUCCGACAUUUCGGAGAAGAGGAUCAGGCUUGGAAAGUAGCUAGUGUUCCAGCCUUGACCCUUUCUUUUAUAGCUCAAUGACAAUGGUCUAGCUAGAAGACAGUGGUCAGCUGAGCACAUUUUACUUAUAAAUGGUCAAUGUACAAAAAAGGCCAUUCUUACUAAGUUAGCUAAUUUUGCUAGUGAAAUGUACAAUCACCUUAAUAAGAAAAUCAAGAAAUAGGGCUGUUUUCAAACGGUUACUGUGUGUGACCAAGAACACAUUUGCAAGUAGGUUUUUUAGAUGUUCGUGAACGCAGCCAAAGCACACGGAAGUGAAAUGACAUUCCGUGGAGUGACGUCAGAAGGGCAUCGGCAGUCGGCAGAAUUGACCCUAGUUACAAAUGCCCUUUUCAUCCCUGAUUACAAGGAAUUAGCUAUAUUCUCAUGGAUUGAAUGUCGGGAAUAAUUGUCACUGACAAAGACAAUACUCGCUGAUCAUUACUGCCACACUGAGAUGUCGGGAGAGACGAGUUCACAGACACAGCAGGCUUUCACAGCUCUACAGACGACACAAAGUGCUGCUCUGCGUGUAGAAGCUAAGGUUUACUGAGAACGAUGGAGGGACCUUAUAAGUACAUCAGGGAUGGGAAUGGGAAAGUUAGCCGGGUCAUAAGGAUUGGAACCAGAAAGAGCCAGCUGGCUCGUAUUCAGACGGACAGCGUUGCAGAAAAGCUGAAGGGACUGUACCCCGAUGUCCACUUAGAAAUAGUUGGCAUGACAACUACAGGGGACAAAAUCCUUGACACAGCGUUAUCAAAGAUUGGAGAGAAGAGCCUUUUCACCAAGGAGCUGGAGACCGCUCUGGAGAGGAACGAGGUAGAUUUGGUGGUCCACUCUUUGAAAGACUUGCCCACGACUCUACCUCCUGGCUUUACCAUAGGAGCUGUGCUAAAGCGGGAGAAUCCCCAUGACGCAGUGGUCUUGCAUCCCAAAAACAAGGGAAAAUCCCUUGACACCCUGCCCGACAAGAGUGUGAUAGGCACAAGUUCCCUGCGACGGGCUGCUCAGCUAAAGAAACGAUUCCCUCACCUGGAGUUUAAAGAUAUUCGAGGAAACCUCAACACAAGGUUGAAGAAGCUGGAUGAAAAGGACGACUUCUCUGCCAUUAUUCUGGCUGCAGCUGGACUCCGUCGCAUGGGCUGGGAUAGCCGAGUCAGCCAGAUCCUGGGCCCUGAGGACUGUAUGUACGCUGUUGGACAGGGGGCUCUUGCCAUCGAGGUGCGGGCCAGAGACGAGGACAUCCUGGAGAUGGUGUCUGUUCUGCACGACCCCAACACGGUCCUGCGCUGUAUUGCAGAGCGAGCCUUCCUCAGACGACUGGAGGGGGGUUGCAGUGUACCAGUUGCUGUCCACACUGAAGUCAAGGACUCUCAGCUCUACCUGACGGGUGCAGUGUACAGCCUGGAUGGUUCAGACAGUCUCAAGGAGACCAUGCAGACCAGCAUUGCUUCAGACAAUAAGGUGGAAGAGCAAGUUGAUGAGCGGGUCCAGCGUGUUGGCAUCACAGCGAACAACAUGCCAGGCCCGGCCCAGGAUGCUUCUGAGAAGCUAGGUCUAGACCUGGCCAAUCUACUGCUGAGUAAAGGGGCUAAGGCGAUCCUUACCGUGGCCAGGCAGCUCAACGAUGCGCGAUAAACUCACUCUGUGCCCCCAGCUGGGUCUGGAGGUGUAACCUGCACUCACCGGUAGUCCACACUGAUAUUAAAGCUCUAACAUGACUGACUGACGAUUCAUGAUAUAGAAUAGCACUGUCAGCACCACCAGACGUGGGUUCGAAUAGUAUUCGUUUUCGUUCAAAGUUUGAUUGAGCCUGCUUGGAGUGCCAGAACAUUAACGUACAGGGAACUGCCAAAAUAAUGGAAACACUUGAGUACAUGAGGAAUACAAAGUAUAUUAAGAUGGGUGCUUCCACAGAGGUUUGGUUCCUGAGUUAAAUAAGCAAUUAGGAUCCCAUCAUGCUUAGGUUCAUGUAUAAAAAUGCUGGGCAGGCCAUAGGAUCACAAUUCCCUCAUCCACAGGGCACACAUUUUCACUGAAUGGUUUGAUGAGCCUGAAAACAAUGUAAGCCAUAUGCCAUGACUAUCUCAGUCACCAGAUCUCAAUCCAAUUGAACACUUCUGGGAGAUUCUGAAGCGAUGCCUGAGACAGUGUUUUCCACCACCAUCAACAAAAUACAAAAUUAUGGAAUUUCUCGUGGAAGAAUGGUGUCGCAUCCUGCUAAUAGAGGUGCAUUGAAGCUGUUCUGGCUCAUGGUGGCCCAAUGCUGUAUUGAGACACUAUGUUUUGUGUUUCCUUCAUUUUGACAGUUACCAGUUACACAUAUUGAGGGACUCCAUUUCUCAGUGAAUGGGAGUUUAACUCUUGUUGGGAUCAUGCUACCUCUUUCAUCAACAGAGCUCUGAUAAUCUUGUUUGAUGAAUGACGUGUGUGACAUAUUAGUGAUGUCUGUUAAACAGAUCCAGAACAUGCAAGCUACAGUGACAAACUCUAGCUUAUGAGUACUACCAAGCCCAAGCCCACCUGUCUAUAACACCAGAGCGUGUAUAUAUUUUUUCUAUUUCCCAUGAUCAAUGGAAUACUUUAAGACAAUAAGGAAAGCACUGCAUAUACACUGCAGGUGAUAAACGGACGAUAAACACUGGAUGCAGUACAAAAACUAAGCUCAAUAUUGGAUACCUGUGGCAUUUUCCUUUCAAUGUGUUCACAUAAGUUUCAUGUGUUUUGAUCCUGAGAGGAUUUUUAUUGCUUGCUUGUUUUGCUAUACCAAUUUUAAGAAUAUAAAGCAGGGUGAAAUAACACCGAACAAAUGUCAUGUGCAUACUUCAAAACAGGGCCUGUAUUCAUAAAGCGUCUUGAGUAGGAGAGCUGAUCAGGUACCCCCGGCCAUGUAAUCUGAUUCAUUAUGGCAAAACUCAUCCUAGAUCAGCACUCUUAUUCUGAGACGCUUUAUGAAUACAGGCACAGGUUUGGUAUGUUCACUGUGUGUACUUGAUCCAGCCUACUACUCAAUGACUUCAGAAUUGAACAAGUAUUCCAUAACCAUCCCAGUAGAUAUGGCUCCUAUGGUAACGAUAUGUGUGUAUUAUGAAGCAAAUGGAGAAAUUAAUUGAAUGUAAUGUCAUUGUAAGCUACCUUUUUAGAUAUUUUGUGGCAUUUGUUAACAAACCUUAUGCUGUCAGAUACCAUAGUUUUGUGCCUUACUUGAGUUGUUUUGUCUAUGUGGCUGCUGUGUGUACAGCUUUGCUUACAACCUAAUGCAACCUUAUUACCUUGACCUACAAAUAUGCCUUUUCCCUUGUACCCGUGGAGCCUGCACAGGUUUUCCUGAGUGUCAACCCAUUGUGACCCCUCUAACUUAUAUUUAGCAGAAUGCAUUAUGUAACAUAUGUUGCAUUAUGUUAUAUUACGUGGCGUUAUGUUGUUUGACUAUCGAUACUUGAAAGGUAGAGGGUGGUUGUGCCAUAUUUCUGUUUUGCAGCUUUCUGCUUUCCACUGUAGUGCUCAGACAUUUUAAGAAGAUGCUGGUCAAAAGAUACUUGCUAUACCAUCAAUUCAUUCAUUAUUGCAGCAAUCAUCAUGAUAUGACAGAAUGUGGAAAUGUAAUGCAAUCUGAAAGCGUCAUGCUUUGCUUUGUCACGUUCAUUAAUUCUGUGUCAUAAAAAGGAGCCAGCCUCAAAUAAAGCCACUUGUUACUUUUUA